UGAUUGUUACAGGUUCUUUCUUUGCAACAGUAAGAACUGGCUAAAGAAAAACUAACAAUUACUAGCGCUGGUUUUGACUGUUAGUGAACGUCAGCUGUUGUUGCUAGCGAGCCGCUAUGUCAGGCGUUGUGUAAUAUUCUUACCUGCAGCCUCUCUGUGUUUCAGCACCGUUUGGUUUAACACCGUUAGUAAGCAGCUUUAUUUUAUGUGUACGCGUGUUUGUUUGGAUGCACAAUGCCGUCUCUCCCUCAGAACAAUUUAAAAGAGCAGCUGGAGCGGCACAACAGUGCAGCCGCACCGAGCAAACUGUCUCUUUCUAAACCAAAGGCCGGGGUUUUUUGUUUUAAAAAGAAGACAUCAAUCAUUACCAAUUCUGAAGUUCCCAAAAAGGUAAUUGGCUCAAAUGUCUUUUCAAACCGGAAUGUCAAUGUUCCUUUCAGCUGUGAAGUAACUAAAGCUCCAUUUCCAAACAAGCCAGAGCGACCAUCUUCAAAAAUUACCUUCUUUACUGCACCUGGCAAGCCUAAGACACAGACUGUCAACCCAUUAGCCAAUCCAUUUGCAGUGAGCAAGCUCAGUUCUGCACAGCCUUCAAUCUCAGGAUUACCAAAGUCAGCUAGCAGAUGCAUGAGCAACAAUGGCAGUGACACUGUAGAUUUGGUCGGAGCUGACAACUCACUUGGCAUCUCCUUAGACGACUGGGAUGACUUUGAUGAUUUUGAAACUCCAUCCAAAGGAAAGGUAGCAGCUCAAAGCCCAGUAAAUAAAACAUCUGCAACAGAAAAGACUCCAACUAAAGUUUUCAGUGCAUUGUCCAAUGACAACAGGAAAAAUAAAGAUUUGCCCAUAAAGGAAUCCUUUGGAACUACAGAAAACACUUUAGACACUCAUGCUGCAGAUCAGGGUGGUACCCAGUCAGGAUUGUCUGAACCAGAUGACUCUCCCAUUAAGACAACAAAACGUUCGGCCAAACACAAUUCACUGAUGAGUGACAGUGAGGAUGAUGCCGAUGUUUCCAUCGUUGAGCCCGCAGAUAAAACUGAGGAGACUGCCAACAGUUUAACAAAAGAUGAUAAUAAAUGGGCUGAUUUAGAUAUCAUUAACAUUGAUGACAGUCAGACUGAAGUGCUGGGGGAUGACUUGGAUUUUAUUCCACCAUCACCUGUUCAUGAAGACAAAAGCUCACCUCUCUCAACAGUGGAAAAAAGAAAAAAUGACUGUGUUAUUAAUGCUAAGUGUGCUGCCUCCCAAAGAACGUCCAUUUCAAGCUUUCCAGGAUCACAGGAUGUUCUGUCUACAAGUUUUAAAGGGUUUGAGGAUGCUCUCUUCUGUGUUAUGGAGGCUAUUUGUUGUUUGGUGGAUGCUGUUCCUGAGCAUGAGCUCAUAACCUUGACUUGUGGCACAGAACUGCUUUUACAGAGAGCUCACAGGAAGAAGAUUAUUGCUGAUGCUUCAUCAUCAGGCAAAUUGCAGACAGACAGGAGAGAGACUUUUCAGCCCAGUUUAUUUCGCAGUUGUUGUUCUGGUCUUACAUCCCCUUUAAUCCAAAACAAAGAAGGCAGCUUUCAGUUCAGAAAGUCCACUGUCCCUGUCACAUCUCUGGAUUGCAAAAGUAGUACGUUUGAUUCAGACAGCAUUCUAAAUGGCACAGAAACACCAGGAGGCACAUGGAACCCCAAGCCUUUACAUACCCCAGAUUUGAGCCAAGGCAGGGUAAAGACAAAGUGUGUGAACUACAGCACUAGCAACAUUCAGUCUGGACAAAGUUCUUUGGUACAGUCCUUCAGUGAGUCAAAGGAAGAGACGUUGGAGCAGACAGAUCUUUUCUUCUCUCCUAAGAAUCCAGUGAAGACAAACAAGAAACAAAAUGACAGCACUGCACACACUACAUCUGGUCAGACUGAUUCAUCCCUGAGCAAAGAACCAGAUGACUUCUACAUUGACGACUUUGAUAUUGAUGACUUCAAUGACAGUGAUAUCCCACAUUACUUUGAACAACCUGUUACUUCAUCCAAGAGUUCCACUGUGCUUGCAAAGUCAGUUUGUGAAGUAGGAACCUCAAAUUCCAGUGUAAAAAAGAGCGUUACCACUCCCACUGCUGUAAUAAAACCCAAUAAACCACCUUCCCCUGAGUCUACAUUCCGAAAUCCAGCACAUGACCGCUUCAGAGGCUUUAAUUUUCCUCACUCUCCAGAGAUGAUGAAGAUAUUCCACAAGAAGUUUGGUCUUCACCAGUUCAGAUUCAAUCAGCUAGAAGCAAUAAAUGCUGCACUCCUGGGAGAAGACACGUUUAUAUUGAUGCCUACAGGAGGGGGUAAAAGUCUCUGUUAUCAGCUGCCUGCAUGUGUCUCAACUGGUGUGACUGUGGUGAUCUCUCCUCUGCGUUCCCUCAUUGUGGAUCAGGUUCAGAAACUCACCACAUUAGAUGUUCCUGCCACCAGCUUAUCUGGGGAUAAAAGUGACAGUGAAGCUGCCCGUAUUUACAUGCAGCUGUCGAAGAAGGAUCCUAUAAUUAAGCUGCUUUACUGCACUCCUGAAAAGAUUUGUGCAAGUGGAAGAAUGAUCUCUGCUCUGCAGAAUUUAUAUGAGCGAGGUCUGCUUGCUCGUUUUGUCAUUGAUGAGGCACAUUGUGUCAGUCAGUGGGGCCACGACUUUAGGCCAGACUACAAGCGGAUGCAUGAACUACGUCAGAAGUUUCCCAAAGUUCCUAUCAUGGCACUGACUGCCACUGCUACACCUCGAGUCCAGAAGGACAUCCACAACCAGCUGGCCAUGACUCGUCCUCAAGUAUUUACAAUGAGCUUCAACAGACAAAAUUUGAAAUAUUCCAUAUUGCCUAAAAAACCCAAGAAAGUUGAUGAGGAUUGCAUUAACUGGAUAAAGAAACACUAUCCACGUGACUCUGGUAUUGUGUACUGCUUGUCACGGAAUGACUGUGACACGAUGGCAGAUAGUCUGCAGAGGGCUGGCAUUGCAGCACUGGCAUAUCACGCUGGGCUAAAUGACAGUGACCGAGAGUAUGUCCAAAACAAAUGGAUCAACCAAGAUGGUUGCCAAGUCAUGUGUGCCACCAUUGCAUUUGGCAUGGGCAUUGACAAGCCUGAUGUGCGCUAUGUGAUCCAUGCCAGCCUGCCUAAGUCAGUGGAAGGCUACUAUCAAGAGUCGGGAAGAUCUGGCAGAGAUGGAGAGAUCUCCCAUUGUGUUCUCUUCUAUUCUUACACCGAUGUCAUCCGUAUCAAAAGGCUUAUUGCAAUGGACAGGGAUGGUAACCAGCACUCUAAAGCAACCCACAUCAACAAUCUGCACAGCAUGGUACAUUUUUGUGAAAAUGUGUUGGAGUGUAGAAGAAUUCAGCUUCUUGCAUAUUUUGGAGAGCGCACAUUUAAUGGUAAUUUCUGCAAGGAGCAUCCUGAGGUAAUAUGUGACAACUGCGCCAGACCACAACAAUACAAAGCAAGAUUUGUCACUGAGGAUGUGAAGAAGAUUGUGCAGUUUGUGCAGGAAAACUGUCAGAAGGUCGGUGGAAGAUAUGCCAGAACUUCCCAGCAGAACAGACUUACUCUCAACAUGUUGGUUGACAUUUUCCUGGGAUCAAAAAGUGCACGGAUCCAAACAGGCAUGUAUGGCUUUGGAGCAGCAUACUCCAGACAUAAUGCAGACAGACUUUUCAAAAAGCUUGUCCUGGACCACAUUCUCAUGGAGGACUUGUACAUCACUAAUAAUGGACAAGCCGUGGCUUACAUCUCUGCUGGUCCUAAAGCCAUGAAUGUCCUUAACGGCAGUAUGCAGGUGGAAUUCUAUGAAACGGACAGUGCUUCUAGCAUCAGGAAGCACAAAGGCUCUGUAACUAAGAGUGUUUCUAAGAGGGAGGGGAUGGUCAAAAAGUGUCUGGAAGAGCUUAAUGAGCUGUGCAAGAAACUUGGCAAAAUCUUUGGUCUUCACUACUACAACAUCUUUUCCACAGCCACUCUAAAAAAGAUAGCUGAGACUCUGUCUGCUGACCCAGAGGUUCUUCUGCAGAUUGAUGGUGUGACUGAGGACAAGCUGGACAAAUAUGGAGCUGAGCUCAUUGAGCUGCUGCAGAAGUACUCUGAAUGGCAGCUUCCUGCUGAGGAGCAGGCCGAGAGUUCUGGAUGGAUCGACACAAUGCACAAUCGCUUUGAUGAAGAUUGUAUGGAUGAUGAAAAUGAUGGCUCAUCUGCCUAUUUUGGGAACAGCAAAGGUCAAGGAGAGAAGAGAAAGAAAGCAGCCAUUUCAAAGAAACCCAAAAGGCGAAAGGGGUACAACAACCAGAAUUCUUCUAAAGGUGGAAACUGGUCUUCAUAUAGGGGAGGCCAGAGAGGUACAGAGCGAGGCUCCAGACAGGCUUGUGCAGGCAGAGGCUCCAGACGAACUUUCUCAGCUCCAGCAGGAAGAAGACCAGGCUUCAUGGAAUUGCCUACUCCCCAAAGUGCUGCACGCCCAUUUCUCAAACCUGCCUUCUCUCAUAUUAACUGAUUGCACCUGCACAGUAUUUUCUAUUACUUCUGAAUGUUUUGAUGUUUGUAAGUUUCUAUUCUGAUGCACUGUCUGUAUGUGUCUUUUAUAAAUGUACAGUAGCUCUUUUGCGUUUGCUUUGUGUUGUUAAGCGAAACAGCAUGUUCUG